AUGGAGAAUUUGGAGAAGCAGACGAGGGGGAGAUUUUCCGGUGCCGGACGUGGCAAAACAGAAGAGUCGAUCAGAAACCAAAGGAUCCCACCUCAAAAAACUCAAUCAUUCAAACGAGAUAGAAAGAUGUACAGGUGGAAGCAACGACGACCGGCCUUGAUUUUGGCUUUUGCAGAGAAGAGAACCCAGAACUGGUUUCGAAGACCAUUUUCGGGCAAGACGAUGAGUUCGAAUGAUGAUUCGGACCAUAAACCAGAGCAAGUAGUUGCAGUUGCAGCUGCAGCUGCUACAUAUGUGAUUACCUCAAUUGCAAAACCAAGCACCCAAGAUCAGAAAAAGAGCAGUUCAAGUCUUGAUCCCUCGUUGAUCAAGGAUAAGAGCAGAAAGGAAGAUAAGUCAUCUUCAAUAUCGGAAGCUGGCGCUAUAUCCGAACAACUCUCAGAAGGGUCGAGAAAAGGUUCAGCAGGUGCAAAGCGCAAGGUGCCAGCAACUGAUGGCAAUGAUGAGAAGGAACUUAAACGUGCUCCGUUUAGAAAAUCUCUUACCCUAGCCGAUCAUUUGGGCAUGACUAGCAUUAUAGAACCGAGAAGCUCCUCUAAGCCUGACAUGCUUUCCGGCCAAACAGAAAGCACAGCACCAAAAACCCAUCAUCCUGCCAUUAAACCACAGAUAGAGCAGACGAAAGCGGAGGCUUGUGGGAAGGACGAGAUGGCCAAGAUCAAAGAACGGUAA